AUGGACAGCCAGGAUGUAGGCCAUGACAGCAAAGCUAGCGAUGGGAGCACACUUGAUCAAGUCAUGGCAUGGAAGCCACCUCAAUAUUUGCUGCCUCCAUCAACGAGACAAACUGUAUUGCUGUCAUCAGAGAAUGGCAACGGCAUUAAUAACGCAUCUUCAGACAGGGACUCUGCAACGGGCGAAUAUGACAGUGACAACUACAGCUUGAUGCACUUUGCAUCAACCGAUGCUGUCCUCGAUGCAAACGCUGAAAACAUCGACAUCGAGUCGCCGCAGCUGGACGGACAGACGUAUCUUAAUAAUACUUUGCCUAACGAAAAGCAAGCCGAAUAUGAGGAUGAAGAUAUCGACAUCUUUAUGCCAGAUUUCGACAUCUCGCCAUCGCCUGCCACCACUACGAAAGCUACAAAAGGACAAAGGAGAACUCGAAGAAGGAGGAAGGCUCUUGCUAAGAAUGAUGCUGAAGUUAUACAUUGUAUUAUAUGUGGCAGGCCAUUGAGAGAGCCUGUCGAGGUUCAUUCGGUAUUCGUCAAACACGUCAAGCCACCUAUUGUGAGGCAUAUGAAACGCAUGAACAACAUCUUGGACUUUCCAUCACAUGCCCGAGUCUGCAUGUAUGACCUUCAACGAGCCAUGCAAGCACGUAUAGAUGAAAUGAUGAAUGAAGAUGAAGACGAAACUGCUGAAUUGCAGGCUUCUGUUAUGAAGAAUCUUGGAGAGUUUGAACUUGAACCAUUUCAAAAGACGAGAACAUUAGGACAGAAAGCUGCUGAUGCCGUAGCGAGAUUUGGUGGAAGUUGGGGAUUUGUCAUUGUUUGUAUUUCAUUUAUCGCUGUAUGGGCCUUCCUCAAUGAAAUCUUGGAGAACUAUGUUGGUAGCACAUGGGAUCCAUAUCCCUUCAUUCUCCUCAAUUUCUUCCUUUCUAUGAUUGCUUCUAUUCAAGCUCCUAUUAUUAUGAUGUCUCAAAACCGUCAAAGUGAAAUCGAUCACGAAGUGAAUGACUAUGUCAGUACUAUAAUGCUUCGAGCCGAAAACCUCAUCCGUCAUGCCCAAGCUAAAACUGACCUCUUGGUUGGUCCCACAUUCCGUCGCCUACUCGAAAUCCAAGAAAUAGAAGUCGACUUGAUACAAACACUCCAUCAACAACAUCGUCGUUUCAUACAUCGUAAUACCGUCAACGAUGAUGCCCAAUCUCCUGAUGGAAGUGGCACGAUAACACCAUCCACAGCAGCAGCAACAUGGACGGUUGAAACACAUCCUGAUCCACAUGCUAGAAUGUUGUUGCAUCGCUACUUUAACAUCUUUUUAGAACAAGACCAACUUAUCUUUUCUCGUGCUCAUGGUGAUGGAGAUAAUUAUAUUGGGAGUGUUGAGAAUGUGAAGCUUGAGUUCCGAGAAGGGCCUGGUCGAGAUCGUGGUCGAUUAAGGAGGAUUACGUAUGAUUUGGUGUUUCCUCUAUCGGUGGGUGGUACGUUGGAUGAUGUGUUGUCUGGUGAUGGACAUGUCAGUUUGAGGAAUGCUUUUGAUAUACCCCAACUCGUCAUGCCAGGUCGAUUGUACUCCAUGACUGUACACUUUGCCAAUGAAGUCGUCACCUUCCAGAAUGGUGACUUGCCACCUAGAUACCUCCCUACUUUUGCACCAAAGCGUGUAGAUAAAGUAGCAGAACUAUGGAAGCGUAGUGUCUCUAAAAUCUCGUUUACAUACGCUCCACCGGCUCAGGUCGCGGUAGUCCACCUUACAGAACGUCAAGUAUUGAAAAGAGGAUCUAUUCGAUUCUUCCCUCCAUUGGGCAAAACAGAAGCUAAAGUAUCUACUGCAUUCUUGUAUCAAGGAGAUUUUGUGUCUGAGGAUGUCCUCCAACAGAUUGUGGGUCCACGACCAUUACCUCCAACAUGGAAGAAGAUAGCAGAGGUUGAUUGGGCGUCUUCAACAGUAGUUUCUUCUCAGGCUGGUGAUAGAACCUCUGCUGCACCUAUACAAGAACAACAGCAGAUGGAAGUACAUCUCGAAGAUCUACAAGGACCUGGUGUCUUUGUAUUCACCUGUGACGAGGUUAGAGCAUCGUUCCAUGGGCAUUUGGCUUCCGUUGGUCGUGAACAGUGA